GUUGUGGGAUAAAAAACACACAAGUAUCAUAAACUGCAACAGGUUUUAGAAUGUCUCUUGCAAAAUAUGUUCAGGAGUAUAAUUCAACAGACGAGGAUGGUGAAUGCAGCAAGUCGUCGGGAGAUUGGGCUAUGCUGGAAGACAGCAUCUACAAUCCAACAUCACCGAGGUUGAUGUUUUCCGCACAUCUGUCUUCCUCCUUGACAACAAUCACACCAUUCCGUAUAGUAAUCUAUGAUGUAGCGGAGUCAAAUGACGAUGACGUGUAUAAUCCAUGUACUGGGCGCUUUAAGGCAAACUUAAAUGGACUAUAUGUGUUUUUUGUGACAAUUUCUACUGCGUCAAAAGUGUACGCAGUAGAUGAGUCGGUUUGUUUGAUCCAUAACUUUCAUCCGAUAGAUACGUCCAAAGUGAUAAUACUCACUGCCCGAAGAGGGGUUUGUAAGACAAAGACGUUCCGGACAGAAGUGAGCAUGCGCAAAGGUGACGAGCUGUGGAUAAUGCGAUUAUCAGACGGCAAAAAAAUACCCUCAAAGCCAGUUUUGUAUUAUACGUCAUUCUCAGGAGGCAUAUUAAACGAAUCUAAAGAAACCUUUGUUUUCGACAAGAUUUCUGCAUCCAAGCGUCAGAUCACAUACGACCUUACUAUCAUGGAAGAUAAAUAG